AUGGCCAGGGAUGAAAAAGGAAGCCUUUUAAUUGAUUAUUUUGAAAAGGGAAGAACAAUUACGGGUGAAUAUUGCUGCAACCUUCUUGACCAGCUGGAUAUCAAAAUUCACGGGAAGAGGCCUGGCUUGAAGAAGAAAAAAAUCAUCUUUCACCAGGACAAUGCACCUGUGCACAAGGGUGUAUUAACAAUAGGAAAACUGCAGGAUUUGGGGUACAAUUUGCUCAGCCAUCCUCCCUAUUCUCCUGAUGUGGCACCGUCAAACUUCCAUCUGUUUCCAAACUUAAAGAAAUUUGUUUCUGGGAAGCACUUCACAUCCAAUGAAGAAAUUGAGAGGGUUGUAUACGAAUAUUUUCACAACCUUUCAGACUCUAACUUCUGGGAGAUGCUGGACCAAGUGAAGUCAAGGGAGAUUAUGUAG